GGACACCCUACGGUGUAAAUCUGAUAGAGUGUGCCUUGGGCACAUUCUAAUUUCUAUUGUGAAAAAAUGCCGCCUGCACUUAUGAAUAUUGCCGAAUUUGUUGAAGAAACCCGAGAUGAUUACAAUUCUCCGACAACAUCAACAUUUGCAUCCCGCAUGAUGCCGGCAUGCCGUCAAACAAUAGCAGUAUUGGAAGAGCGUUUGGAAUUUGACCGUGAAGGAUUAACAAAAUUGAAAAAAGCUGUCAAGGCCAUACAUAACUCAGGAAAUACUCACGUUGACAAUGAAAUGUUUCUGGUGAGGGCCCUUGAACGUCUCGGCGGCAAAGUAAUCGAUCAGGAUGAACCAGAUAUUGGAGCAGCAUUCCUUAAAUUCUCAGUGGUGACAAAAGAGUUGAGUGCAUUAAUGAAAACAUUGAUGCAAAAUAUCAACAACAUUGUCAUGUUUCCGGUCGAUUCAAUGUUGAAAAGUGAAUUACGUGGUGUCAAGGGCGAUAUGAAGAGGCCCUUCGACAAGGCUGCCAAAGACUAUGAGGCAAAAUUCAUUAAAAUCGAAAAGGAGAAAAAAGCCCAGGCCAAGGAGGCGGGUAUGGUGCGUACCGAAAUUGAUGCUGCUGUGGUGGCCGAUGAAAUGGAAAAGGAACGACGUCUAUAUCAGUUACAAACCUGUGAAUAUUUAUUGAAAUAUAAGGAAAUCAAAACAAAAACUGGCAUCGAAUUGCUACAGCAUUUUAUCGAAUACUAUCACGCUUUGAAUAACUACUUCAAAGAUGGCCUCCAAACGAUUGAACAUUUCGGUACAUAUAUCAGUGAUUUGAGCGAUAAAUUGCAUAAAAUUAAACAACGUCAGGAUGAAGAUCGACGCAGUCUAUUGGAAUUACGAACCCUGCUGCGUAGUACACCCGAUUUUGAACGUGUCGAAAAUGUACCAACCGAUAAGGGUGGAGGUGGAACGGGUUAUUCGCUGCAUCAGUUGCAGGGCGAUAAACAUCACGGGGUAACACGUUCCGGCCAUCUGCUAAAGAAGAGCGAGGGUAAAGUGCGGAGAGUAUGGCAAAAACGACGAUGUCGAGUGACCAGUGACGGGUUUCUCGAUAUAUGUCAUGCCGAUGAAACGAAACCGCCGACAAGAGUUAACUUGCUGACAUGUCAAAUUAAGCCGGUGCCAGAUGAUAAACGAGGUUUUGAUUUGAUCAGCUACAAUCGUCCAUAUCAUUUUCAAGCCGAAGAUGAGUCCGAUCAAAAAGCUUGGAUGGCUGUUUUGGUGAAUUGUAAAGAAAAAGCUUUAGCUAAGGCAUUCCAGCAUGCAAAUCCACAAAUGAGUCCCAGCUUAGUGGAAUUACAAAAGACUGUUAUCAGAUACGUCCAAUUGUUACCAGGCAAUGAUCAAUGCUGUGAUUGUGGUUCACGCAAUGAUGUCACCUGGAUAAGUCUGAAUUUUGGCAUUCUUGUGUGUAUCCAAUGUUCGGGUGUUCAUCGUGAUCUUGGUGUCCAUCAUUCACGCAUCCAAAGUUUAACGCUGGAUAAUUUAACCACAGCCAAUCUAUUGAUAGCUCGUGCCAUGGGUAAUCAUGCUUUAAAUGAAAUUAUGGAAGCCACAUUGGGCAAAGGCAAACUGACACCGGAUAGUACAAUGGAACAACGUUACGAUUUUAUUCGAGCCAAAUAUGUUGCCAAGCGUUAUGUGAUGCGCACAUGUGCCGAUGAAAAUGAUUUACGCUGUGAUUUGGAACAGGCUGUUGUUAAUGCCGAUAUGAGUCAACUACUGCAGGUGUGGGCAGAAGGUGCAGAUUUAACGUGUUGUCUACCCUCAUGGGAUGAUGGUGUUACGGCACUGCAUUUGGCUGUACUGCGCGAAACGGGUUGCACUCUACACAUUGUUGAUUUCCUUAUACAAAAUAUGCCACCGAAAGGUCUAAAUAAAGUUACAAAUCCACCCAGUAUAUUAAAUGUAACCGGUAAGAAUACAGCACUGCAUUUGUGUGCGGCACACGAUAAAAGGGAGUGUAUAAAACUACUUCUACGUUCCGGUGCCGAUUAUGAGAUACGUAAUUCUCAGAAUAAAACCGCUUUGGAUAUAGCCAAAGAAAUGGGUCAUAAUGUGUGUAAGGAAUUGAUUGAAUGUGCCAUGCGACGUGAAAAAAGUGCUUUCGAUCACAUCAAUACAGAUUGGAAUCUACCAAAUGAAGAUGGUUCAACAGAUUUUUCAGAUGAUGAUACGGUCAUCGAUGAACGUAAGCGUUCACGUCCUCCCAGUUUUGCCGGCGGUGAUUCACCGGUAUUACGUUCACGUUCCUCAACUUGUGAUUCAAUACAAAGUAGUUCUAGUCCUAUUGCAAAUUGUCCCAGUCGACAAUUUACAUUGCCCAUGUAUCAGCAGUCGGCGGGUACAUCACCGAAACAACAAAUGUCCUUGGGCCAGUAUUUAGGUAGUGCUGGCAAUAUUAAUGCUGCAGUAGCUGCUGGUGUUGUCGGCGGAGGAGGAGGUAGUAAUAGUGCCGUUGGUGGCGGCGGUUCAAGUCCCAGUUCAGCAUCAAGCCAAAGUGGCCGCCUGGCAAGAAGUAAUAAUGAAUUUGGUGGUGGCGCCAGGAAGUCAACAUCAACAGCCAACAUGAAUUCAUUAAAGAAACGUACCGCACCUGCACCACCCCCGGGAACGACAACAUCAAAUUUCUAUGGUACCCUACCGCAUCCGCCUAGGCAUUCACAGAAUUUCGAUACAAACGAUAUACGAACGCACAAUCAUAAAAAUCAAUCAAUGGAUCCGGCUUCAUAUGGUACCCUGCCGCUGUUGCGUUCCGUAGAUAGUAGUCCUCGCAUUAUGGGCGGCGGUGGUGGUCACAAUAGUUCAGCAUCACAUGGUGGUAGCUUUUAUGAGCGUAUAGAUAAGCUGGUUGUCUCACAGGAUCCCAAUGGUGGCCCGAGCACAGUGGGCCACCAUAUAAUGCCGGCAAUGACAACAUUCGGUCACAAACGUUCACCCAGUGGCGAAUCGUUAAAUCGUAAUUUACAUUUGGCUGGUGCCAAGUUAGUACUGCCACCUGCAGGGGAAAUGCCCACAUUGAAGCAUGUCGAUAAGUCUGCAUUGUCAAGACCAAAAAUACCACCGCCAGGACCACCAGCAGAACGUGAAAUUUCCAAUGGCCAAUCAAAUGAAAGUAUUAGUUCCAUAGAUGAGGGACCUAUUGCGCCACCCCGAAAGCGCAAACAUAAUAAAUUAUUGAAAUUGUCUCAACCCAGUGAAGAAACGCUUAUGAAUCAAUCAAUUAAUUACACCGAAUAUGAGUCAUGGAACACCGAUAUGGAUUCCUCUGGUGGCGGUCUAGACCAUUCAGCCGAUUCGAAUUUAUCAUCAAGUGAUAACGAUCGUAUUAAUUCGUCGCCAGAUAAUCUUCUUAAAGGCCCCUGUAGUAGUGGUGGUGGCGGUUGCGGUGGUCUCAGUAUUGGUGGCGGUAAUUCCAGUGGGGGUUCCGGUGUAAGUGGCAGUGUACUGACAGCAACAACAGGAGGAAAUAAAUAUAAUUAUGCUGGUCAUCGCCGUUGUCGUGCCUUAUACGAUUGUUCAGCCGACAAUGAUGAUGAAUUGGAAUUCAAAGAGGGCGAGGUCCUUAUCGUUCUCAAUGAACGAACCGAUGAUGAAAACUGGAUGGAAGGUGUGAUAGAAGGUGAUCCAACACGUCGUGGCAUGUUUCCCGUAAGUUUCGUCCAUAUGUUACCCGAUUAAAACCAAACAAUGAGACACA